UAUUUGGUGACUGAAUUUAUUUAGUGCCAUCGGCCCUCAAUAUUUGAGGGUCAGAGUCUUUUUCAUGCUGCAGUGUGAUGAUAGCACGGGGAGGAGACAGCCAGAUUCCUCCAUGGAGCACUAAGUUAAACAAGCACGGGGAGGCGGCGUCACCAGGAUGGUUUGUAAUUAGUUGCCUCUUUCUUUGUGGAACUUGAGACAGAAACUCAACAUCUGAGGAGCAAACUCAGCUCCUGGGAAAGAUCUGAAUGGUUUUAUUUUUUUAUUUUUUUUAAACCAAAAUUUCCACUUUCAGUCCAGCCUUCAGAAUAAAAGCUUUCAAUUUGGAAUAAUUGUUUAACCUCUUACAGGAUUCUUUGGAGAUUUGAUUUUAAAUCAAGCAAGUUUCAGACUCCUCUGGAGAUUCAUGGCCCCGCCGCUAACGAUUAGUCUGACUCUGUUUCUCACACUCUGUGUGAGCACGCCAGGAGUCGGAGGUCAGAAGGAGGCGGCCAAAGGCGAACAGACGAAAGCAGGCAGCCGUUGCUCGUACACCUUCAUUGUCCCGCAGCAGAAGCUGACGGGGGCUUUGUGCGUGAACACACAGUCAGGUGUGACCAACCGCUCAGAGGUGGCCCUGCUGAGGGCGGAGCUCAAACGUCAACAGGAGCAGCUGGAGAUGCUGCAGCGCCAACUGGAGCAAGAAGGCUCCCUGGCUGUGGAGGUGAGAAACCUGCGCACAGAGAGCAACCACAUGAACUCCCGCAUUGCUCAGCUGUACGCACAGCUGCUCAAUGAAGUCAUCCUUAAGAAGGAUCAGGCUUUGGAGCAGCAAAGGAUGGAGAGUCUGCUGCUGAAUGCCACAACCCAGGUCCUGGACAUGUCCAACAACUACCGGGAAUUGGAGAAGAAAUAUGGAGCCUUAACAUCCACGAUGAGCUCGCAGAACCAGUUGAUCACUCGACUAGAGAAGCAGUGUCAGUGUCGGGACUCCAGCCAGUCUUCUUUGCCAAAGAGCGAACCAGAGAAAAGCCAAUCAAGCGUGCAUCAUAACUACAGCUCUGAAGCCAACGAAAUGACCAAUGAUGUUCAAAGGGAUCAAAGUGCCCCACAACUCCAACCCGUUAAACGAGAGGGAGUCCGUCCCCCACACGUCACCACGGCGAACCCUCCCACCGACCUGCCUUUUGUCAGCUUCGUGGUCACAAAAUCUCCAGGGCCGUGGCAGGACUGCCAGAACGUUCUGACCUCUGGUGAGACAACCAGCGGGAUCUACCUGCUCCGCCUGCAGAGCACCAACCGACUGCUGCAGGCCUGGUGCGAGCAGAGCCACAGCCAAGGAGGCUGGACGGUCAUCCAGAGGAGGCAGGACGGGUCUGUUAAUUUCUUCAGGAACUGGGAGCAAUAUAAACAAGGCUUUGGUAACCUUGAUGGAGAAUACUGGCUGGGCUUGGAACACCUCUACUGGUUGACCAAACAGGCCCAGUACAAGCUGCGAGUGGUCCUGGAGGACUGGCAGGGUCAGCAGGUGUUUGCAGAAUACGACAGCUUUUACGUGGAACCAGAGAGCGACUGGUACCGCCUGCGGCUCGGGCAGUACCAGGGAAAUGCCGGGGACUCCCUGUCGUGGCACAACAACAAGGCCUUCACCACUCUGGACAGGGACAAGGACAGCUAUGGAGGAAACUGUGCUCAUUACCAAAAGGGCGGCUGGUGGUACCACAUGUGCGCCCACUCCAACCUGAAUGGUGUGUGGUAUCGGGGGGGCCACUAUCGAAGCCGCUACCAGGAUGGAGUCUACUGGGCCGAGUUCCAUGGAGGCUCGUAUUCCCUUAAAAAAGUUUCCAUGAUGAUCAAACCCACAUAGUGGCAUCCUGGAGGCGUGGGAGCCAAACAUCGAUGUGGAGGCCAAAGACAAAUAGGAAAAAAAAGUGUUUUUGUACAAAAACAAUAAAUGAAAUGAAAUGCUUUGAUAUGAAUCUGGUUUGUGAAGCUGAAUAUAACUGGAUGAUGGCAAAGUUUGAUUUUUUUUGCAAUUUCUUUUUCAAUAAAACCACAUGAACACAAA